CUCUGAGGGCAGACGCAAUUUAUUUCAGAGCACAUUCCAAUCAGGUGCCAUUCGCGUGGACACGUGUUUAUAGUUCUUACGCUUGGCACCUGCCAGUGUACAGGUGAAGAAAUUACUUUUACACAAUGACGUUCAUACUUUUUACCAGUUUACUGUAAUAUCGAGACGUUGAAGUCUUGAUGUUUGCGCACGAAAAACGUUGAUCGCAACGAGGCGGGCGAACUUAUGAGAACGUUCGUGCCGCUUAUUCUGACACGAUAGCUUUAAUUAGAUGAAACGGGGCAGUACAUUGAGAAAUAUUACAAUUCAUGCGUUAAAAUGUCCUCUGAGGCUUCCUUGAGCGAUGCGCCAAAUGUCGUGUCGAGACUGCAUAAUUUACGCUUAAAUCAAGAGGAUGGUGAUGAGCCUCAGCAAAAUGUGAAUCUUGCUGGAUCUGGAGAUUCAUCUCCAGAACUAGUAAGGAAUACUCAACCCGUGGGUAAUGUUAUGCUAUCACGUGUCAGACGUGCGUUCAAUUAUGUUUGGGACGAAGACCAACCAACUUCUUCUACAGCCAGGAGUGGAGAAUCUUCAUUCUUAAACGGGGAUAAUAGGCCUCCAACAAAUGCAGCAAAUACUUUGCAUUUGGAAGGAAGAUCUCAGAAUAAUAUUGCCUUAGAAAAUACAUCUACAAAUAGUCAAGCAACUGUUGCGUACAAUUGGCAAGGUACAAAGGCCACAAUGCGUGAGAGAAUUGUCUUUCUUUUUAAUAAUGAAAUAUUAUCGGAUGUGAGUUUCAUAGUAGGAAGAGGAACUCAGAAGCAGCGUAUACCUGCUCAUAAACUAGUCCUAUCUUCUGGGAGUGCUGUUUUUGAUGCAAUGUUCAAUGGAACACUUGCAACAACUUCUUCAGAAAUAGAAGUACCUGAUGUAGAGCCUGUUGCUUUUUUGGCAGUGCUUCUCUUUUUGUAUACCGAUAAGAUAGAGAUAGAUCCUGAAAGUGUAAUGAUGACAUUGUAUACAGCAAAGAAAUAUGCAGUGUCUGCUUUAGAGAAACACUGUGUUGAUUACUUGAAGAGUAACUUAACCAGAGACAAUGCUUUCUUACUUUUAACUCAAGCUCGUCUUUUUGAUGAGCCUCAGUUGGCUGCAGUGUGCUUGGAUACCAUAGACAGAUUUACUACAGAAGCAUUGAAUGCGGAUGGAUUUACAGAUAUUGAUAUUGAUACACUGAAGAUUGUGUUGGAGAGGGACACUCUGCGUGUCACAGAACUCAAAAUAUUUCAAGCAGUUCUGAGAUGGUCAGAGGCAGAAUGUAGUAGACAUCAGUUGCCAGUCACCCCAGAAAAUCAGCGUUUAGUCUUGGGAACUGCUUUUUCAUUAGUUCGUUUUCCUUUAAUGUCAAAAGAAGAAUUUACUGCUGGUCCAGCACAAUCUGGACUUCUGAAUUAUUCAGAGGUUCUCUCCUUGUUUUCAUAUUUUAUAUUGAAUCCAAAACCAGUGGUUGGAUUUCAAACAAUGCCUCGCUGUUGUAUGACUGGCAAGGAACAAACUGUAUGCAGGUUUCAGCAUACUAAGAGUAGAUGGGGUUAUAAUGGAACAAGCGAUCGUAUAAGAUUUAGCGUCGACAGACGUAUAUUUCUUAUUGGUUAUGGAGUUUAUGGUAGCAUGCAAGGUCCAGCAAUAUACGAAGUAUUAAUAGAAUUGAUACAUACUGCUUCUGGAAAAAUAAUUGCUACAAAUUCAACAAGUUUUAGCUGUGAUGGUUCAAAGUACACUUAUCGCUUAAUGUUCAAAGAAUUAGCAGAAAUCCUACCAAAUACGAUUUAUACUGCAUCAGCAACAUUUAAGGGACCUUAUUCUCAUUAUGGAACUAAGGGUUUAAAAACAGUCAUGGUGGAUAGUGAUACAGGAAAUGGAAAGGUUAAGUUUGAAUUCAGUAUGGAAGCUGGAGAUAAUAAUGGAACUUCUACAGAUGAAGGACAAAUUCCUGAGCUUAUAUUUUACACUUAAUAACUCAUGUACAUAAUAACGACAUUCCCUUCAUCAGCUUCAUUGUCUUUCAAAAUUUAUUAUAUUAAAUUGAAUUCUGUAAAAAAGUUUUAUAUGUCGCUUUCUUUGUCAAUUAUAUAUAAUACUUUAUCAUUA